AUGUCGAAUCAUUAUACCGUAUGUAUUGUUGGAGCUGGUAUUUACGGAUUAAUUGCAGCAAAAACAUUAUUAGAAUUAUAUCCAGAUAUAAACUUAGUGAUAUUUGACGCUAAUAGUUCAUUGGGUGGGACAUGGAGUAAACAACGUAUAUAUCCUGAACUUUUAUCAAACAGUUCUUUUGAUACGUACGAGUAUAGUGAUCUCGCUAUCAAGGAAACUAUUGAUAAAGAUACAGGAACACAUCAGAACGAUAAUCUUAUAAGUGGUGCAGAACUCAAUCAUUAUCUAGAAACAUAUGCACAAAAACAUCAUAUUCGUGAACAUAUACAGUUUAACUCUCACGUAACAACUAUUGAAAAACAAGAUAAACUAUGGCAAUUGCAAUUAAUUCUUGCUACUGGAAUGUUGGUAACACCAUCAUUACCAAAUAAUAUAGCAACAGCUCCAACUUUUACUGUUCCACAAUAUCACAAUCAAGAUCUCGCUAAAAUCAAAAUUCGAGAAGCAGGACAGCAUGUGCUAGUUGUUGGAGCAAGUAAAUCAGCGCUCGAUGUCGCAUAUUCGAUGGUUAAACUAGGUGCACGUGUUACGUUGGUGAUUAAAGAAGAAAAUACACCUGGCUCUCCUGGGCCACCAUGGUUUUUGCCACGUCGAAUUUUAUUCAAUUCAAGUGAUGUAGAUAAAACUUUCUUUUCGCGUAUCUCGUCAUUAUUCAGUCCAAAUGUAUGGUCACUUCAUACAUGGUCCCACUUUUUCUUACAUAAAACAAUACCUGGUCGAUGGCUUAUAAAAGGAUGGUGGAAAUUGCUCGAACGAUAUGCUCGAUGGGAGGUGGGUUACGAAUCAAAUCAAUAUCUAAAAGAAUUUUAUCCAAAGUAUGGUUUAUUUUGGGCGAGUACUAAUCUUGUAAUAAUAACUCACAAUGAUCUACUUGACAUGAUUAAAGAUCAAAGAAUUUGUUUGAAACGCGGAAAUAUUAAUGCAUUGAGUGAAACGAAUACCGUAUGCUUCACAGAUGGUUCAAAGUUGAAUGUUGAUUUGAUUAUUUGGGCAACUGGAUGGCAUCAAAGUUCGUUAUUUCAGAAUUUGAUUUCUUCACAUAAUCCAAGUCGUACAAAAGAAGAAUGGCUUCAAAUGGAAACCAAUGCUGAACAUUAUCUGUUCGAACAAUGUCCUACUUUAAAAGAAUCACCUGUUCCUCUCUUACCAUUACCAUCUAUGAAUACCAAUAUUCUUUACCUUUACCGACGUUUAGUGCCUGUUGACUAUAUUAAUGAUCAUUCUAUUGUCUGUGUGGGAAGUUUCCUAGCAUUUGGAACAGCAAUGAUAGCUGAAGUGCAAGCCUUAUGGUCUGUUGUUUAUCUUAUGAACGACGGCAAUGUUUUACCUGCUGAUAAAGAACAUGAACAAAUUGAAUGGGAUAUUGCAUUAACAAACAUAUGGUUCAGAAGACGUUAUCCACUAGUAGAACGUCAUUUAAAUUAUACAGGUGAUUUUAUUCAAUAUAUUGAUUUAUUAUUAAAUGAUUUAGACUUAAAGACUCGCCGAAAAUGUAAUUGGUUGAGAGAAAUAUUUGAGCCAUAUAUGCCUUGUGAUUAUAAGGGAUUAGCUCAAGAAUGGUUAAAACAACGGAAAGAAAACAAUGGUGACAAACAGAAAGAAGAAUAA